AUGACGGCCAACCCGUCCAUCGCCGCCGCGCGAGCUGCUGUCAUCGAUCCGAGCCCUAUACCUCAAUCACGAGAAAUUGGAGACGCAUUUCCUCAACAAGCACGGAAUGGAGCCAAGCUAGCCUCCUCACCACCACCUGUCGCAAAGUCAUGGGCCCACUUUGUUGCUGGAGGUCUGGGUGGAAUGACAGCUGCUACUUUGACCUGCCCGCUUGAUGUCCUCAAAACCCGCUUACAAUCCGACUUCUACCAAUCACAACUUACCGCCGCCCGCGCCGCGCGAGGCGUACCGCCUUUGUCGCAACUCUCCUACUCCCGAACUGCAGCCCUCCACAUUCGAGAAACCUUCCAGAUCUUGACCGCUAUACCUCGCACUGAAGGCUACCGUGCUCUGUUCAAGGGUCUUGGACCCAAUCUCAUCGGCGUUGUGCCAGCACGAGCCAUCAACUUCUUCGCAUACGGAAACGGAAAGAGAAUCCUGUCGCAAAACUUCAACGAUGGCAAGGAAGCAUCUUGGGUACAUCUGCUAGCCGCCGCUGGAUCAGGCAUGCUCACCGGAACCGCCACGAACCCUAUCUGGCUUGUGAAGACGCGACUGCAACUGGACAAAUCAAGAGCAGAGAAAUCCGGUAGUGGCUUGGACGGAAGAAAAUACAAGAACGCCCUGGACUGCACAAUGCAAACCGUACGCUCAGAAGGCAUCCGUGGACUAUACAGAGGAUUGAGCGCAAGCUACCUGGGCGUAACAGAAAGCACAUUACAAUGGGUCCUCUACGAAAAAAUGAAGAGUUACAUCGCCGUACGAGAAGAGCGCAUAGCCCUCACCGGCCGCCAACGCACUUCUUGGGACGAAGCAAUCUCUUGGUCCCUCAAACUUUCAGCCGCCGGAAGUGCCAAGUUUGUCGCCGCACUCAUCACAUAUCCUCACGAGGUCGUUCGCACACGACUGAGGCAAGCACCUGUCACCACUUCGAUAGAUGGCGUACCACAACUCAAAUACACUGGCUUGGCCCAGUGCUUCAAGCUGGUCUGGAAGGAGGAGGGUAUGGCUGCUCUGUAUGGCGGUCUUGUGCCGCAUAUGCUCAGAGUCGUGCCCAGCGCUGCCAUCAUGUUUGGCAUGUACGAGGCUGUUCUGCGUUUCCUCGGAACCGACUCAGGUGUAUAA